AUGCUGUCCAACGUGAGUACCACACCCCACCCGGUGACUGACCCGGUGUAUCGUGGAGCCCUGGAUGCACUGUGUACAGCCACUACAGAUGUUGCGAUCCUCGGGUCAAACAUCGUGAGCGCUCUCCCGCGCCUAUCCGAUAGUUCGACCGACGUAUCCGGGAGGGUGACCAUCACGUUGCCAAUCCUGAAUGCCAUCGGAGUGCAGGUUCGAUAUCAGUCCACGGACUUGGCAGCCCUGGGGCUAGCAUCCUCGACUACCAGCAGCAUAAUACAGGCUACCACAUCUUCAUCCUCUCAGACAACAAGUGCGUCAGGGUUGAGUGGUGGAUCCAUUGCCGGAAUAGUCAUUGGUGCGCUUGCGGCUCUUGCUCUUGUGAUCGGGGUGUCUGUAUACCUGUUCAUCUCGAAGAGACGGAAAGCGAAAAAUACGCAAGAUAUAACGGCAGAAGGUUUUGAGGAGCCUGAGAAUCAAUUCUCGCGUUAUAAUGGUGCCAGUGCCCCCCAUCGCCCGUUCGUCAAGGCUGAGUUGUCAGGGGAAGCUCCAACAGGGGCUGUCUUUGAGAAGCCUGAAUUGGCAGGGAGUGAGAUUUCUAAUGGAGUUCUUUCGCACAGGCCGGGGAGUGUGUGCGCCGUCACAAGACAUGAUAAAGCGCAUGGAACUCGCAGCGCUGCAGAGCUCGACAGCUCGUUGAUGCCAGCUGAGCUUCACGGAGAUCCAAUGCGCAAUUAG